CCCUCUCUCUAGGGUUUUAGCAGAACCAUUACCAUUUCUUUGCGAAAGAAAAAUGGCUUCCAAGACCCUAUUCCGAACCGGAGCUUCUGUUCUGAACCGAUUCUUUGUCAACCCGUUUCUUCACCCAAACCAGAAUCCCAAUAACCAAAUCGCACCUCACGUCCUCGAUAUCUGUCCGAAGCUCCUUCCAUCGCUCUCCAAGUCCCAGAUCUCCCUCCAAUUGCCGCAGCAAAACGACGCUGAAUCUCUGAGAAAAGCUACCUCUGAGGGGUUCCUUUACCCCUGCGGCCUCCCUUCUCUCAGGCUCUUCUUACCUGACGGAGAUGUUUCUUCUUCAAAUGAGCCAAUGCUUUUAUUUCCCAAAAGGACUUUCCAACCUAGCAUCAUCCGGCGUAAGAGGAAUCAUGGCUUCUUUGCUCGCAAGGCAACAAAGGGUGGGAGGAGAGUCAUUGCGCGAAGAAUAGCGAAAGGCCGGGCAAGAAUUACGGCCUAGCUAGCAUCUUUGCCUCUGGUAUUGAGUAAAAUAAGGUCCUAAUAUUGAUGAACUUGUAGCUUUAUUUGAUUCUUCUUCUUUUUUUUCGUACCUCGUGUAGUUUAAGAUGGGCCGGAAAGCCUUGGAAUACAAAUUAGCUUUUACUUUGCAAUAUUUGACAUUAUUUUGAUAA